UUGUUCCUCGGGGUGUUUUUGAGAUUGCCACCCAACUCAAGCAGGCAGAGGGGCCCAGGGACAGCAUGAUGGACCUUUUUGAAACUGGCUCCUAUUUCUUCUACUUGGAUGGGGAGAAUGGAGCCCUGCAGCAGCUGGAGAUGGCUGAGGGAUCCCCGCUGUACCCCGGCAGCGAUGGCACCUUGUCUCCAUGUCAGGACCAAAUGCAGCCAGAGGCCGGCAGUGACAGCAGCGGAGAGGAGCAUGUGCUGGCACCCCCGGGACUACAACCCCCUCACUUCCCCGGACAGUGUUUGAUCUGGGCUUGUAAAACUUGCAAGAGAAAGUCGGCCCCUACGGACAGACGGAAAGCGGCCACCCUGCGGGAGAGGAGAAGGCUGAAGAAGAUCAACGAAGCCUUCGAGGCUCUGAAAAGGCGGACUGUGGCGAACCCCAACCAGAGGCUGCCCAAGGUGGAGAUACUGAGGAGCGCCAUCAGCUACAUCGAGAGGCUGCAGGACCUCUUGCACAGGCUGGAUCAGCAGGAGAAAAUGCAGGAGAUUGGGGGAGACCCCUUCAGCUUCAGCCCCAAGCAGGGAAAUAUCCCCAGUUCGGACUUCCUGAGCACCUGCAGCUCCGACUGGCAAAGCGUUUCUGACCAUUCCCGAGCCCUAGGAGUCAGCCCCAAAGAAGGAGUCUCCGUUGUCGAGUCGUCGGCCUCCAGCAGCCUUCGCUGCCUCUCUUCAAUAGUAGACAGUAUUUCUUCCGACGAUCCCAAACUGCCCAGCGCGGAGGAAGCGGUGGAGAAAUAAAC